GCCUCCCAGCACAAGCGCACAGGGCCGCGCGCGCGCGCGCCCAGCAGAAAUCUUGGCGUUUCUCGCGGCCCUACCACCGUGUCCGCCCGGUGCCCAGCGUCCUCCCUCCCCUCCCCCGCCUCAUCAGCUCGUCUCCUGUGAAGCCAAAGAUGAUGGUGGCCGGGUGUCAGAGGCUUCAAUGUUCCCUUCAGGCUGUGGGUGUCCAAGAAGCGCAGGCCGGGGCGAGAACAAUGGCUUCUCCGGCCUUGCAUUGAUGGGGCGCCCAGAGCAAGCAUAAAUAUAGCCUACCAGUAUUCAUUCCCUCUCGAGCUCGUCAGGCUCGGAGCUUCUCUCUCUUCCUCCGUUUCCCUUUGGCUAGCUCCACCAGCUCUGGUCUGCUCUAGCCAGCUUGUUUUUUCUCUCUCGAUCUCGUCUUGUUUCUCUCCCGCCGUUGAUCGGUCCUGAUUCCGGCCUGCCAUGGAGUCCUCCUCCCACAUCACCGGGGACGACGGCGGCGAGGGCUGCAAUAGCUGCGAGUCCGGCUGGACAAUGUACCUCGCCUCCCCCAUGCAUGGCGACGACGCCGGCGGCAGCGGCAAAGGAAGCGGCAGCGAAGGGAGCAGCGUGGAUGAUGGCUACGGAUACAUCAUCAGCGACAGGAGGAGCGGCAAGAAGGCUUACGAAGAUUACGCCGACGCCGACGACGACGAUUCCUUGGCGUCCGACGCUUCCACAGGACCCGCCAAAGAGAAGGCGCCUUCGUCCCUGCCGGAAGACGGCGAAAAAGAAGAAGAUGAUGGAGGCCGCGGGAAGAACGCCGGCAAGGAGGAAGAGGAAGAAGGCGACGUGAGAACCAAGUUCCCGACGACCUCCCGCAAGAAAGCCGGCAAGGUCGAAAAAGGCGGAGAAGGCAACUCGUCAAGGCGAGGCCACAGCAAGAGAGGCAGCUCUUCAAGGAGAAGCUUCUUCCUCUGGUAAACUAAACGAUCGACCAGACUAUAUACGUAUUAGCUUCACCGUACUAGGAUGCUGUACGUCUCGUCGUGCGUCUUUUCGCCAUUGCUGGUUGAGCUCAGAACCUUGUUAGAAGAAGCAUCGAGCAUGCAUUCAUGGAGAUCGAUCAAAGGGAAGGCUCCUUUUUGGUCCUUAUUUUUGCCUUCCAUGGGGUCCUCCUCCUCCUCGUUGACCACCCAGUAGUAGGUUAGCCGUUGCCGUGUAAAAAAUCUACUGUAACCUCUGGUCAUUGUUCCUCAGCGCCCUGCUUUUAAUGUUUUGCUUGCAAUCUC